CCAUGGCUGUAUAUUAUUAUUUCUCUCCCAAUAUGGCGGCUCUUCCGGAGGCGGCCGGAGGGUUGGGGCGGGUCACACUGUAAAGCUACCGGAGGCCGCUGAUAACCGGCGACAGGUAGUGUCAGGACUCCUAGGAAUAUUGAAGCUAAGCCCAGCGCUAGCGCUUAUUCAGUGGUUUAUAAUGCGGCUCGGGUAGAGAAGGAAUCCGGCCGGAAUUAAGGAUGAUCCCAGAGGCCAACCUUACCAUAUGGGGAUGGGGAAGUCUUGGAAUAGUUCUUUUCCUGAUAACAUUCGGGCCAUUUGCUAUAUUUUACUUUGCCUUUUACGUCUCCUGCUUUGUGGGCGGGGGUUUUAUUGUCACGAUUCUGUUUGGAAAGAUAACCUCAGAGAAGUACCUGGAAAAGUGUGAACACUCCUUUCUGACUCCUUUAUCCCCUGGGAUCCAGAAGUGUCUAGAAGAAAUGAAACGUGAAGCUAAACCCAUUAGGAUUGAUAGAAGAGUAACCGGUGCCAGCAUAAUUGACGAACCUCUGCAGCAAGUAAUGCAGUUUUCCCUGAGGGAUUAUGUCCAAUAUUGGUAUUACACGCUAAGUGAGGAUGAAUCGUUCCUCCUUGAAAUCAGGCAAACCAUUCAAAAUGCACUUGUUCAGUUUUCCACUCGGUCAAAAGAAAUAGACUGGCAGCCUUAUUUUACUACACGUCUAGUAGACGAUUUUGCCACUCAUCUUCGAGUAUUCAGAAAAGCUCAACAAAGAAUAUCAGAAAAGGAAGAUCAAAAGAAAGAUUCAACAGAAGACUUUGUAGAUACUUUUUUUGAUGUUGAAGUUGAAAUGGAAAAAAUUGUCUGUCGUGACCUCGUUUGUACUUCUUCCAAAGAUGAAGAAGGUUUCCUAAAGGAUUUGUGUGAAGUUUUACUGUAUUUAUUGCUACCUCCUGGAGAAUUCCAGAAUAAGAUCAUGCGAUACUUUGUGAGGGAAAUACUUUCACAAGGAAUUAUACUUCCUUUAAUAAACCAGCUCAGUGAUCCUGAUUAUAUUAAUCAAUAUAUCAUUUGGAUGAUUCGUGAUUCCAAUUGCAACUAUGAGGCCUUUAUGAAUGUUAUUAAAUUAAGUGACAAUAUUGGAGAACUAGAAGCUGUGAGGGACAAAUCUGUCGAAGAAUUGCAGUAUCUUCGUUCAUUAGAUACUGGUGGAGAAGAUAUUAACACUACAAAAAAUCAGAUAAACAGCUUACUGUUUGUAAAGAAAGUAUGUGAAACAAGAAUACAAAGAUUGCAGUCAGGAAAAGAUAUUGAUACUGUGAAGUUGGCUGCAAGCUUUGGAAAACUUUGCACAGUCCCAUUGGACAAGAUUCUUGUAGAUAAUGUUGCACUACAAUUUUUUAUGGAUUUUAUGCAGCAUACUGGAGGGCAAGCACAUCUGUUCUUCUGGCUUACAGUAGAAGGAUACCGUGUUACAGCUCAGCAGCAACUUGAAGUGUUGCGUAGCCGACAAAAAGAUGGAAAACAUCAAACCAAUCAAACAAAGGGUCUUUUAAGAGCAGCUGCUGUUGGAAUAUAUGAACAAUAUUUAUCUGAAAAGGCAUCACCAAGAGUUCAUAUAGAAGACUAUUUAUUAACAAGGCUUGAAAAUGUGCUGAACCAUGAUGACCCAACACCUGAAAUUUUUGAUGACAUACAGAGGAAGGUUUAUGACAUGAUGCUACGGGAUGAAAAGUUUUACCCUUCGUUUCGACACAAUCCUCUAUAUAUCCGAAUGCUUGCAGAGCUUGACAUGUUAAAGGAGCCAAGUUUCAGAGGAUCUGAUGAUGGAGAUGGAGAAUCUUUUAAUGGCUCUCCAACAGGCAGUAUAAAUUUGUCUCUUGAUGAUCUGUCAAGUGUCAGCUCUGAUGAUUUAGUCCAGUUCAAUGCUUUUAUUUCUGAGACUGGAGUUUGUAAUGAACAUGGCAAAACCUAUGCACUAUACGCAAUUACUGUCCAACGGAGAAACUUAGAAGGCAUGGAAGACAUGUGGAAAACCUACCGACGCUACAGUGACUUUCAUGACUUUCACAUGCGGAUCACUGAGCAGUUUGAAAACCUUGCAACUCUCUUGAGGCUGCCAGGCAAAAAGACAUUCAAUAACAUGGAUAAGGAAUUUCUGGAAAAGAGAAAAAAUGAUUUAAAUGCUUAUUUACAGUUAUUGCUAAACCCAGACAUGCUUAAAGCUUGUCCUACCCUAGCCCACUGUGUGUUUGAAUUUCUAGAGAACAAAGCCUACAAUAAAGGGAAAGGAGAUUUUGCACGUAAGAUGGAUACAUUUGUAAAUCCACUGCGGAAUUCAAUGAGAAAUGUUUCCAAUGCAGUUAAGUCCAUCCCUGACAGCUUUGCGGAAGGGAUGACUAAAGUAUCUGACAACAUGGGUAAAAUGUCUGAAAAGCUUGGACAAGAUAUAAAACAAUCAUUUUUUAAGCCUCCGACCCUUCUAGCAAAAAGUGAUGCAGAUCCUGAGCACUGUCGAGUAUCUGCACAGCUGGAUGACAAUGUUGAUGACAAUAUUCCCCUUAGAGUGAUGCUUCUACUUAUGGACGAAGUGUUUGACUUGAAGGAACGAAAUCAGUGGUUAAGAAGGCAAAUUACAAGCCUCCUGCAGCAGCUCAUUAGAGCAACUUAUGGUGACACAAUAAAUAGAAAAAUUGUCGACCAUGUGGAGUCAAUGACAUCACCAGAUCAAGUUGCAGAUUAUGUAAAACAUUUCAGAGACUCCUUUUGGCCUAAUGGAAUAUUAGCAGAGAGUCCUCCACUUAGAGACCGAAGUAUCCGAAUGCGGACUAGAGUUGCUGCAAAGACAAAACUGCUGGAAAUUAUGCCAGAUGAAUUAAAACACAUAAUUGGCGCAGACACAGCUCGUAAAGGGAUUUUACGGGUCUUUGAAAUGUUUCAGCACAACCAACUCAACAGGAGACUUGUUUAUGUUUUUUUAGAGGGCUUCCUGGAAACCUUAUUUUCACAGUACAAGUUCCGUGAGCUUUUCAAUAAACUGCAUUCGAGAUCGGAAAGAAUGCAGAAAUAUAAGCAGAGACUGCAGUCUUCUCAAGCGCCUUCUUUACAGAAGAGGUGACACUUCAAAUAACCGAGUGUUGUCCUAAAGACUCUGUGGUCUUUUAUUUCUGAACAGUAGCUUGGGCAUAUCUUCUGGGGCUUAAAACACCUACUGAUGUUUCUGCGCCAGUCAUAUUGUGUCAUAUAGAAUAUUAAUGCAUUCAUAAGAAUUAUGGCUCCUCUCAUCCAUAACUACUGUACAACAAUUGUCUAGCUGAAUUUGCAUACCUUUAAUGAUUUGGUGCAUCUGCAACAUUGAGACGAAUGUUUACCUAGUAAUAUUCUGUGUGUAGGGUUAGCACCCUUUUUUUUUUUUUUACAAAAAGGAAAUCAGAAGGGAAGUUUAAGCUUUAGGAUUCAGUAAAGAGGUGCCAGAUUUGUAUUUUUUCUACACAAAGUACAAGCACAAUAACACUUUAAUACAGUCUCCAGCUCGGUCUUCUGCUGCACUACUGUUAUUAUAACAGUGGUGUAGCAGAAGACCGAGCUAGAGACUGUAUUAAAGCUGGGAUAUUGUGCAAUGUAAUUUUUGGUUAGUGUUCUGCAUUGUGGCUUCAUAGCCCUGAGUAAUCAUUCCUGUGUGUCAGACAAUAAGCAUAAUGACGUUACAGUGGGUCAGAAAGUGAGUAAACACUUAAAAAGUAUCCACGUCUUACACCGUCUCUACAGACCUGUCAAUUAUCAUACAGCAUAUUAACUAAAGUUCUUAAACUCUGGAUCUCUCUGGUGAUAUCAGUUUACUGUAUUUAUCUUUUCCAUGGAUAUCCCAAAAGUACUACGUCAUCUUUAUGGUGAAGUACAACACUUUGAGCAUCGGAUUGAAAGCAUUCUUUAGUGUCUAUACAAAUGGUUAUCCAUGUAGUAUGUUAGUUUAAGCAAAGGGUAAGGUCUUAAGUCGCCUAAAUUAUAUUCCUCCUUUUGUGUAUGGUCUAAGAUAUAGAUGAAAUCUUUAUUUUAAAAUCUUGAACAUGCUUGGGGAAGCUACAUGAACACUCGGUGUGUCUCUUUACUAAGUAAAGAAAUUUGAUUGAGUUGCACUUGCAUAUACCUCUUUAUCUUGAAAAAUAUCCUAAUGAAAUCAAGAAGAACAAAUAACCUGUUAUAUCUUUGUUUUACUCUUUAACCCGCACAAAUAGCAUAGAUAGUAUAACUUAUUGAGUUUUGUUUUGUUAAAUUACCUGGACCUGUAUGCUUGUAUCUAAAAUAUGGUCACUGUGUUCAUACCAAAAAGAAGCAUUUGUUCCUGAUUAUAUUUUGUACACUAACAUGAAUUGACAAGGAUACAAAUCUCUGCAGUUAGUAGUGACUCUCUUUUAACAGCCACUUAAAGGGACAUUUUUUUUAUUAUUCAGACAGAAUUUUAAACAACUUUCCCAUUUGCUUUUGUUAUAUAAUUUGCUUUAUUCUCUUGGCAUCCUUUGUUGAAGGAGCAGUAAUUCACUACUGGGAGCUAGCUGAAUACAUUGGGUAAGCCAAUGGCAUGAGGCAUACAUUUGCAUCAACCAUUCAGCACCAUCUCCUAGUAGUGCGCUGCUGCUCCUCAACCUGCCUAUGUGGGCUUUUCAACAAAGGAUACCAAGAGAACAGAGCACAUUAGAUAAUAAAAGUAAAUGUUAAAUUUGUUUCAAAAUGCUUUCUCUGUUAAUCAUAAAAGACCAAUCUUUGACUUUACUGUCCCUUUAAAUAAAAUCAUGAAACCUAAAGUGUUGAUAUGUGUGUGCUAAAGGUACAUACAACAGAGGAAAAUCACAUCAAUAUUAGUAAAUGUCAUUUUGUUCCUUUAGUGUAUUAUUUAAGCACACGGGGAACUAAAUUAUGUUGCUGUAACUUUCUCAUUGAUGCUUGAUUGAAUAUAGAACUUGUGUGCAUUCAGCAAGUUUUCAUUACAAUUUAUAAAAAUCUCUUCCAAUGAGCUUAUUCUUCACAGGUGAUACUAAAUUCAUAUGUGAAUAAUGACAUUAGAUACUCUGUUGUGUGCAGUCCUUACACAUUUCUAAGUUGCAGCUUAUGUUUUAGGGUGAGUCCAUGAGUAAACAUAUCAUAACAUGGAGUUCUGAAAUUGGUAUACAAAUGUGUGUUUUAACCUUUUAUUUAGACCCUUGUUUUUUACUGAAGCUGCAGAGUGCUGCAAAAUAUCAAAUGUUUCAAACUGUGAAAUGGCUAGUUAUGUAAUCCUGCCAAAUUACCGCUGUAAAAUCCCGAAAAUUGAUUGUACAAUGUUUGUAAACAGCACUUAUAUGUCUGGGCAGUAUCAAUCCGCAUACGGGUGCUUCAAUAAGCUGCUGGAAAUGUUUGUGCCAUUGUCUAAGAAAUGCACUUGUUUUUAGCCUUAAUAGUUUUAAACUAAAAUAAAUGGAUAAACAUUUCAGUUAGCUCAUCUUUAAGCGUGUGCUACUGAUGUUAACAUAACUAAAUACAGUUGUGAUGUUCUAAGAAUGUUUAUCAGAUUUUAAAUUAAAAAAAAUCAAAUUUCACACUCAAGGUUUUAAUUUCUGUGCAAAUUAUGUAGAUAUCAGCAGUGCCACUUCCAAAGAAACUUCUAGUCAAGUAUUCUGUCAAAUCCUAAAUUAUUACUAGUUUUAAAGGAACACAAACAAAUCCCAUAAGAAACACUAUGCCUAUUAUUUAAAUAUACUUACCUUUUAAAUGCUGUAAGGAGAAAAGCGAAAGAUAAUGCAAAACAUUUAUAUAAUCAAACAGCAGUUAACCCUAUUUACCUUACUUGUCGUCCAUAGCUGUCUUCCAUUAUAGAAACAGAGCUCUACAGCCAGUCUGAAUCUGUAACACUAGCUUCAGUAGAGAGAAUAGGUACAUGCCCAUACUACUGAGCACAGGCUGAGAGAAGGCAGUGUGAGCAUGUGCAGGUUCACAGGCUGAGAGAAGACAGUGUGAGCAUGUGCAGGUUCACAAGCUGAGAGAAGAUAGUGUGAGCAUGUGCAGGUUCACAGGCUGAGAGAAGACAGUGUGAGCGUGUGCAGGUUCACAGGCUGAGAGAAGACAGUGUGAGCAUGUGCAGGUUCUCUCUAUCCACUCUGAGUCUAGCAUUACAGCUUCGGAUUCUGCGUCUAUAACGGAAGAAACGGGGUAGGAAGACUAGUAAAGGGAAGGGGCAAGCAACUGCUGGGCACAACUACAAUCGCAUAGUUACUACUCACCAUGUUGUUGUUUUAUCCUGUGCCUGCAGCUCUCUUCAGGACUUCUCUUGUUUUUACACCUUUACUGGAUCACGAUUGACAUCCUCAUACUGAGCACCACCGUCUUGGAACUUUGAUAUUCUUGCUUUAAGGGAUACAAGCAGUGCGCAUUCACAGAUCAGUGAUGUUGCCAGCGUUUUAACAGCUGCGUUGUGUACUUCGGGUUAGCUUGCACAAUAUCAAGUUGGAGCUUUACAUUUUUGCAUCAGUCUUUUUUAUGUAUAUAUGUAAUUUUUGAAUUGUGUGUGAAAACUGCAAUAAUCGAAACCACCUGCUAUGUAAUGAGUUUGCUAACCCGAAGCACAUGUUACAGAUGUGAAAAAGUUGACAACAUUGCUGAUCAGUGUUCGCUACUUCUGUCACAGCUUACAAGAAUAUAUGAGUGCAAAGAUGGCCGCGCCCAGUAUGAAGAUGCAGAUCUUUACCAAUUGGCAAAGGGUUAAAAUAAUAGAAUAGCUCUGAAGGCACAGGAGGAAAAACAAAGGCAUGGUGAUUAGUAACAAUUCUAUUGAAGUUGUGCCCAGUAGUUUAAUGUUCCUUAAAGUGCCGUUAACAGUCAAAAAGGAUAACUACUGGUCCAGAGCGAUAACUGACCCUGAUCCAAUCCACAGCACUAAUUACACAGUCGUGGGACUAGCGCUGCUGAAUGGAUCAGCAUAAGUUUCUGCUCAGCACCAGCUGUCCUCUGUGUAUACCGGGUGGUACUUCUACUGUGUGUUUAACCCUUUUGUGGGGGUUAAACACACAGUAGUGCAGGGUAGAUAUUCAUAAGAUUACAUGUCAUUUUUCAAUUAUUAUUAUAAGUAAGGUUAAAAACUGUUUUAUUAAACAAACUUUUGAAUGAAUAUUUUUUUUUUCUUACUGCAUUUAAAAUGU